UGAUUCAGACUUCGUGCCACGUACACGACGGCAGCGCGGGGUUAGACGGCCACAGUGGAUUCAUUCAGAAAAGCUACAGUCGUGCAAUGAAAGCAAAAGUUUUUUAUAACACUGAAAAUUCUAAUGGCAGUGAAUAUGUUGUAACUGUAAAGUGCUCGUACACUCAUCGUUAGUAUCCGACAAACAUUCACGUUGAAGCAAACGCCAGUGAAAACAGAGCUCGACGCAUUAACGGUUUCUGAACGUGGGCGGCCUUAAAUGAACGCACACAUUGAGCCUUAAGACGUUGAACAAAAGAAACCAGCUUAAAGAGUAAAGUGUCACGUCGUCGUCGCAGCCUUGCAGCAACAGCAAUUAAUUAAGUGCAUCACCGCCACAAAGGCAGCCGUCUUCGGUCUUCGGACAUCGGUCAAAGCGGCUGGCAGCAACCUGGCAGGGGCGGGCUGAAUGGUCAACAGUCACUCUACCACGUAGAGCCGUUAUAUCGAUUUAAUACGAGCUGUGCGGCGCGGGCUGUGCGGAAGUUGUGCGGGGCAUAAUUAAGGCAGCGCAACAUCACACAAGACUGCAAUGUACGCCGCGACAACGGUAGUCGACAACAAUACAGCAGCGACCACUAGCAAUCGUGCAAAAAUCAAUUAUAAUUGAGUAAUCCAAUUUGGAGGUUUUGCAAAAAUACGCCGGAAAGUAAUUAUAUUCAUCUAGUUUAUUCGCUUGGUGUGGACUUUAAAGAACUCUCGCAGAAGCAAUUAAAAUGUUGCUGCCCCAGAAGUCGCCCGCUGCCCAUUGGCGCUCCUUUGUGGACCUAAUGAUGGCACCAGUGUCGCCGAAAAAUCUUCGUCUGUCGGCCAUACUGAUUGGCAUUUACCAACUGCUUGUCGCCCAUUUGUUACUCUUCCUGGUGCUUUUGGGUCUGGCUCAUGCCGAACAAAUGAAAACUAUGCUCGCAAUGGAUAUUGAGGAUCAAAAGGAUAAUGGCUUUUAUGACAUGUCACCGUUUCGCAAUCAACUGCGUCUGCGCACCGCCUCCCAGCUCGUUUCCGUUACCGAAAUGCUGCUCUACAUACUGACGGCAGUGGCUUCGGUUUAUCUGCUCAGCACGAUUGCUCUUUUUGCAGGCAUAUUUAAGAAUCGGUCGGAAUUCGUACUUCCGUGGUUGGUGGUUGAGUUUAUUUUCAUUGUAUCGGCUGCGGUGUUGGUAUUUUGGUUACAGAAUGAGAAGUUUGUCGAUAUCAUUGGAGGCAAAAUAUAUUACUUUAUUAUAUGCUUCACGGUACUGUCUUUCGAUUGUUUGAUGUGGUAUAUCAUACAUUCUUUUUAUCAAAGGCUACGGACCAUGAACAAAUUGCGUGAGAUUGCCACUGUCGCAAUACCCUGCCCGCCACCUGGAUCGAUACCCUUCCACUUCCGGCGCGAGAACAUGUAUCUUGGCAGCAACGGCUAUAAGCAUAUACUCUCUGAAUCCCCCGAUGGAAAUUAUUAAAAUAAAUGUUGAAUAAAAAGCAAUUGCAACUCAAAGAGGUUUAAGAAAGUAAACACGAAAUCUACAGCACCUGACACUCUAUAAAAUCCCGUGAUUCCUUCGGCAUGCGCGAUUUCUUUACGACACGCUUCACAGCUUAUUUGUACCAGCAACUCAGUGGAAAAAGAGAAAUUUUAAUAGAAAAUAGAAAGUAAAAAAUAAUAAAACAAAAACUACAUGCAAUAUACUCGGCCUUAUUACGUAUUACUAUUAUUAUUGUUGUUGCUGUUAUUGUGAUAUUUUGCUGGGAGCUAGGAGAAAGCUUUAAUAUACAUACAUACCAUAUGUACAAUUACUUAUAUAAAUUAACAGCUUUAAUUGUAUAUUAUUUAUUUUUUGUUUUUUUUUUUUUGAAUUUUUUAAGAAAUUUCUUAAAGCAAAAUAGUAGAAGAAUAGUGUCUUCAAGUUUUUUCUUCAAAUGCUUGCUUUAAUAAGGCUUUUUCAACUUCCAUUUGUAUUUUAAAAAUUCUCACCUAGUAAUCAUGUUAGAUAAGCUAUUUUAUAAGCAACUACAAUCUAUGUACACACAUACAUAUAUAUUCUUAUAUGUACAUGGAGUGAGUAGUACAUGCUAUUACAUGCAUAAAUACAUACCAAAGUAUAUGAAACCAAUAUUUUUAAUCUCAGUGCAAAAUUUGUACGGAAUGAUACACGUAACUGUAAUUAAAUACGAUUAAAUACGAAUGUUUUUGCAAAUACAUACAUAUGUAUGUGCAUAUGUACAUGUGGUAAGAGGAGUGAUAUGUAUUGUGGCAUGUGUAUUCAUUUGGUGAAUGAAAAAUUAUGCUAAAAUAAAGGAGCAGCAAACAUAUGUACACAUAAUAAUUGUAAUAAUAAUGUUAUUAAGUCAAACGCAUGUAAAUGCUUGGUUAACGCUAUUUUAUUCAAUUAAACCCAAUAAAGUCAUGGAGACGAAAUUAUGUCGGUUUA